GCCGUCUGGUCCACGGUGGUCGAACUCGGUCAGUGGCAACCGCGUCGGAUGCAGGAGACCACGACCGGAGCAUGGUUUGCCCGCAGAAGCAGAACGCGGUCCGGGAAUCGAGGCAGCUGCGCACGAGGAGGAUGAUGGCGGGCGAGUGGAUCUUUCUCGUUGGGAGUGGAGGAUGGAGCUCACGAUUCUGGGGCAUUGUAAUUCUGUGGGCGUGUUGUGGAAUCCAGGAAGUUGUACUUUCAGUGAUGUGAUAACAUUUUGUGAGCAGAUCGAUAAGCGCCGAUCUGCUCGCAAAAUGUUGCCAGUUUGCUGAGGAAUAAUGCAAUUUUGAGGAAUUUGGAGGGGUUUGGGUUCUCUUCGCACUGUUUGCUGUGGAUAUGGUCGUCUUCUUCUCCAGAUUCCUCGAUGGGUCCUCAAAAUCAGGAGACUCUGCUCCUCCCGAGGCGUACUUUGAGCAUGUUUUAUUAUUCAAUUCGGUGUCCGCCUCUGAGGUGGUGGGGGAGGGGCGCUCUGCGCCUUUUGAACGAGACGGAUAAAUGCGAGCGAGGGUUGUAGGGUUCGGAGUACGGAAGAUGGGCUCUGCUCACUGUGUCCCUGGUUCUUCGCUGACCGCGUGAGAGGACGAAGAAGACGAGCAGCGCCACGGACUGAUUCGAAAUCGAAUGCCAGUGUUAUGGUUUGCGGUCUUCGUCGUGGAGUUCGCCGUAUGUUCAUGACUCUUCUUAGAUUGUGACUUUGACCACUCCGUCAGUCUUUUCUCUCGCUUAAAUCAUAAACAUAACAUAAACCCUAGCAGUGUUCAAUCCAAUCGAUCAAGGAGCGUCGGGCAAAUCACCUUCAUAAAUCUAAUGACGCAGUCUGAUUCGCAAGAUGAAGGGAGAAGAGAUGCAUUGUACUGGCGGACGCAGGGGCAUACUGUCCCGUAUGUAAUUUUCAAGAGGACACACUUGAUGUUUGGAGUCCUCCUCAUGCUUAUGUGCAUUUGUGUGCUGCUGGCCCCGACCAGUCCACUCCAGUUCGAGCUUGCGAGAAAUGAAGAUGACAUUGAUGGAGUAGAGAGUUUUUUAUCGAAACCUGCUCGCUUUACCGGAUUUACAAUACCCAAAAUUACUGGGUCCAUGAUCAACCAAAAGCGACCCACCGAAUUUGCUACCAUCCAAGAAGAAUAUCUGUUUGAAGUCGAGUUUGCCCCGUUUCGGAGUUGCCAUGCUUCUACGAUUGUUCAGCUGGGACCUGGCUCAUUCUUGGUUGCGUACUUCGGUGGAUCACAAGAGGGCGAACCGGAUGUUGCUAUAUGGACGUCGAGAUAUGAGAAUAAUACCUGGGCAGAACCAGAAGUUGCGGAUAAUGAGCAAGACGUUCCCAUGUGGAACCCAGUUCUUUUCAAGAUGCCUGACGGUGAAAUACUCUUGUUCUACAAAAUUGGGCCAGAAGUUCAAAAAUGGAGCGGAUUUCUGAAGAGGUCUGUUGAUGGGGGCAAGACUUGGUCGGUGCGGGAGUCUCUCCCGCCAGGGAUAUUGGGCCCUAUCAAGAACAAGCCUCUCCUUUUGAACGACGGACGCCUUCUUUGUGGUUCGUCUGUUGAGAGCUGGAACGCGUGGGGUGCCUGGGUGGAGAUGACUUCAGAUGCAGGGCGGACAUGGUCAAAGUAUGGGCCGAUUUAUCUGAAAGAGGAACCUAUGGGUGUGAUACAGCCAGUGCCCUUCCUUCUGCCCAACAACACCAUCGAGGUGUUGCUGCGCUCUGGUGAACCGAUAGGGAAGAUUUGUAAGGCUUCUUCAACGGAUGGCGGGUACACUUGGAGUUAUGCCGAAAAGACACAACUACCAAACCCCAAUAGUGGUUUCGACGGAGUGAGACUUGCUGAUGGGCGUUUGGUACUGAUUUAUAAUACAUAUUCGAGAGCGAUACUGAAGGUCGCUGUUUCCGAGGAUAACGGAGUUUCAUGGAAGGAUGUUUUGACCCUCGAAGAGGAUCCAAAUGAAACUACUGAGUUCUCAUACCCAGCUGUGAUCCAGUCAUUUGAUGGACUAGUGCACACGACCUACACCUACAAUCGGACUCAAAUCAAGCACGUUAUACUACAGCCGAAGUAUUUUGAAAAGGUCGGGCAGGUCAAAGGCGCCGCGAAUGGAUAGUUUUUCACCUUUAAAGAUACAUCAGCUGAAAUUACAAGUAUGCGAAAACGCAUAUUCUUGGAAAAAACGAUCUUAUGAACAACCGCUGUCUACGUUGUUAUUGGACAACAGAUAUCGAGAAGUUCAGAUUUGUACGUCCAAUAUAUCAGCAAGUGUAGGGUUCUCUUACUUAUUCCCUUCACCUUCCCAUUAGAUGGAUCUGUAUAUACUUAGUGCUGAGGUUCACAAUUGAUACUUGUAAAAUAUAUUCCACCUCUGUAGUGCUUUGCUCUUACAGGGAAAGCUCAGUAGUUUGAUUGUUGAAAUUCUGUGGAGAACUUUGUGUCUCCUGACAGUUUUCUACAUUGAUGAUUGUAGAGCUCAUCACCACCUACUAGACAAUGAUAGACUCAGAGGACACUCUAGCUUCAUCCUCCCAAUGGCUGAGGUAUGAGCCUCCAUUUGUUAAAAUUCCUGCUACCAUAAUUACAACAUCUGUCCAGGAGUUUUAAUAUGUGCAGUUAGAGAAUUAUGUUGCGCCGUAAGUGGGAGAAAACAGGAAAUUGGGCAUCCCUUGAUGAGUAGAUGAUCACCACGUGAGAAGCGUCCAUGGAGAGAGCUCAAGAUUGAACUUGGCGCACUCGAUCUACCUUCAAUCCAACUCGGAGGACGAACCCGAGGGGGUGUUGGUUUAGCGUUACUGAUUUGCACAAAUCUCCUUUCUCGGUGGUCAAUGUUUUUGUGGGUUGGAUAGAGCAUUAUAUUAUUGCUUAAUGAGUGG